UAAAGAAAUCGUGUGUUAUUUAGCAUUAAAAGUUACAAGAGAAGAUUUAUUUUCUGUUUCAUUUGUAUAAAAGCGAGUUGGGGAAAAAAAGAGCAAGUCUGAACUUAUCUACUAUACAUGCACACAAGGACAGCAAACACACUGUGGAUCCUGAGGUGUGUAUCCAGGUAACAAUAAGGUGUCUGAGUAUGUGUGGUGCAGGCUGAAGCUUGCAAGAACACACCCUCUCUGCGUUUCUAGCUUGUACAUUCUUUACAGAAACAAACAGCAGAGAGACGGAGAGAGCAGACCUCAGGUAAGCACUGCUGAGAAAACAUUAUUUAAGAAUGUUAAAAGAAGUCUAUAUUUGACUGCAUGAUGUAUAUACUGGUUUUACAGCAUGUAGAGGUCUUAAGGUUAUUCCACAGGAAGUGGGGAACUUGCUGAAAAAUAUAAAUCUGAAUGCACAAUAUUCAGACAGCUGUGAAGAUAACUAUCUUUGUGCUAGAUUUGAGAAAACGAGACCAUGACUUGUACAGACUCUUCGCAAACAGCUUGGCAUUGACUAUCAACGAACAGGUUUUCAGACUUUCAAAAAAACCUGAAAGACUGGUUUACUCUGCAAACAUAGCCAAUGUAAAAAUGCUUCAGUGCAAAAGGAGAAAAUAUGUCAGGUAGAGGUUUAACAUGUCUGUUGUUUUCCUCAGAAAUGGCAGAAAAAGAAGCAUUGUCUGUUGGCAAUGGCCAGUCAACACAGGCUCAGUCAGUACAGAGUGGUCUUCCGGCGCCCUCUGCAGGAGCUCACGGUGUAAUUCAGGAAGGACUGAGCUUCACUCCACUGGACUCCAACAGUGACAGGGUUGUUCAGCCUUUCCCACGUUCACCAAAACUACAGAAGAAGAUAGCCAAAGCUGUGCAGCCCUCCCAGGAGCAGCUAUCUAGACGUAUGGAGGAGCUGCAGGCAGAGAGAUGCAAGACUGAGGCCCACAUCCAGUCUCUGAAGAAACGCAAGGCAGAUCUGUCUGUAAGUAACAGUUACUAUACACAUCAGACCCCCAGCAUGGAGGACUGAAAGUACCUUGAUGCCCCUCAUGCUCUCCAUUUCCCCUUGAAGAGGAGCACAGAUGUGAUGAAGCAGCAGGUUCGAGAGCGCUUCGAAGCCAUGCGGGUCAUCCUGAAGCGGGACGAGCAGGCUGUCCUGGACUCUCUGGAGCUGGACCUAAGGCAGACCAGGACCAGACUGGACCAGGUUCUGAAGGGCUGGAAACAACACCAGGACCAAGUCUCCAAGAGCAUCAGCAGCACCCAGGCAGCGCUGAGCAAGAGCCCCGAGGCAGACAGAGAGGGCCAUUCUGAGAAUCUGAGUUCUAAGAAGCCAGAAGCCUCUGAGAAGGAAAUCCGACUGAAUGAAGAGAGAUUUGAAAGGCUCCUGAAAACAUUAUCCUCCAUCUCCAAAAGCCUGAAAGCCCAGCUGCAGAGGAAGACUCUACUGUUAGAUUGCUUGCCCAUGGUGAUUGACAGGCAGACGUGCCAUGGCCAGAUAGUGGUGACCUCAGAAGGCCAUGGCAUGACCUUCUCAGGCUCCGCCCGCUCAGUUCCGGAGCACCCCCUGCAGUUUGAUAAGGUGUGCUGCGCUCUGGGCUCGUCUCAUGUCACAGCCGGACAGAGCUAUUGGGAGGUGGAAGUGCGCUGCUGCUCCGCCUGGGCGGUGGGCGUAGCCUACGGCAGCCUGGAGAGAAAGGGACGGGACAAAGGCGCCAAACUGGGCCGAAACAGGAACUCGUGGUGCGUGGAGCUCAGGAACGGGCAACUGUCUGCUUGGCACAACGACCGGUCCGUGGCGUGUCAGGGUGUCGGGCAAACGCCGCUGGGAAGAGUGGGAGUGUGGGUGAAUUACGACAAGGGCCAGCUGAUGUUUUACGACGCAGAGAGCAUGUUCGUCCUGCAGAGGUUUUCUGCAGCCGUGACGUCAGUGUUCGACCGGGCUCAUCACCAGUUCACAGAGCCUCUGUACCCCGCCAUGCGGUUCCUGAGACCACCAGAGAGCCAGACCUGGCCAAACCACCUGCAGCUCUGUCACCUCAACACGCCAUGAUGCCAGAGUCAAACUUCAGACACAGUGAUGCAGAAUGUUUUGCUAAUGAUUAUAAGUGCAGUCUUUCCCAUCCAUGUAUAUAGCUAAUCAAUUAUAUCAAAUAAGACG